GCGUGGCAUUGUUGAAUUUUCUGCCACGUUCCUUCACUCCGGGUUCAUGGUUGUGGGUAGCUUCCCCGACAACACCAUCCCAAGCAACCUUUCCUCCGUAGUCAAUGGGACUAUGUACAUAUCUACGAUAGGCUGGACUCGGCGGUCGGCAUAUUUUAUCUCUAUCCUUCCCUUCACCGUCAUCACCAUCCUCAUGUUUGCCUCCCCUUUGUACAGCAUCUUGCAUGCUCGGAAAAGGAACAGCGGCUAUAGGACCACCUUCGAUCCGUCAAACCCCCUUCACCUCAUUAUGGCAUCUGCUGAGGCAGGGAAGGCAUCCACCGUGGCACCCGCUGUCGGGAGUCUGAGACUCCAAGGUUUCAACGAUAUUGAGAUCACAGCCAACGAGCGCGUGAAGGUGCAGCUACAGGACGAUGGUGUAGGGAAGAAGUUUGUAACAGUUGAUUGAAAGAAGCUCGUGCGAUUUUAGGUACCACAUCAGCAAAUGCAUGCUGUAAUAGAGCUUCGAUAUUCAUCACAGAGCCCGUAUUCAGCUGUCACAAUCUAUUCCCUGGAAUGCGCCUCGAUGUCUUUGC